AUGGCAAAGGUUUUCAAGAAGACCAGUGGAAAUGGAGGGGUCACACUCUACCUGGGGAAGAGAGACUAUGUGGACCAUGUGGAACAAGUGGAGAAAGUUGAUGGUGUUGUAAAGCUGGACACUAAAGAUUUCGGAGACAGGAAAGUGUUUGUGCAGAUGGCAUGUGCCUUCCGGUACGGUAGUGAGGACCUGGAUGUGAUGGGCCUGUGCUUCAGGAAGGACAUCUGGAUCCAGCACGUCCAGAUCUACCCUGAGAGCCACAAGCCCACUCUGUCCGCCAUGCACGAGACCCUGCUGAAGAAGGCGGGAAGCGACGCAAAGCCUUUCACUUUUGAAAUUCCCAACAACCUGCCAUGCUCAGUGUCUCUGCAGCCUGGACCAGAUGACCAGGGGAAGGCUUGUGGCGUCGACUUUGAGGUCAAAACUUUCCUCGCCGAUCAAAAGUCCGACCCUGAUGAGAAGAUUGUAAAGAAGGACACAGCUCGCCUUAUUAUUCGUAAAAUCCAGUACGCUCCAUCUCAGGUUGGCGCCGGGGUCAAGGCUGAAGUCUGCAAAAGCUUCAUUAUGUCCGACAAGCCUGUUCACCUAGAAGCUUCAACGGAAAAAGAUCUCUACUUCCACGGAGAAUCAAUCCCAAUAAAAAUAAAAAUCAACAACGAGAGCAACAAAACAGUCAAGAAAUUCAAAAUCACUGUGGACCAAGCCACAGACAUCGUCCUCUACUCUGCAGACAAAUACACCAAGACUGUUUUCAACCAAGAGUUUGGAGAGACAGUGGAGUCCAGCAGCACCUACGAGAAAACUCUGGCUAUCACCCCCCUGCUGGCGGACAACAAGGAGAAGAGAGGGCUGUCACUGGACGGACGACUGAAGGAUGAGGACACUAACUUGGCCUCCACCACUAUGAUGCGACCGGGUCUAGAAAAAGAGAUUUUGGGGAUCCUGGUUUCCUACAAGAUUAAAAUUAACCUCAUGUUGGACGGAGGAGGUGAUGUCACAGUGGAGCUGCCAUUGAAGCUCAUGCACCCCAAACCUGAAGGUGUG